AUGACUCUCCCAGCGAACAGACGUGUUGUCGGAUUAUUUAUUUAUUUAUUUGUAUUUUUACAAACAAUAUGCGGACAGUAUCAAAUACCUGAUGUGACUAUAAGUGCGUUAAAACCGCGAGGAUUUCGCGCCUCAAUACCAGAUGCACCAAAUCUCAGUUUGUUCGUCUUCCAAGGGAAUGUGAACCGUCCCAUUGGUAGCACAGAUGUUGGGACCAUUUCUGGAGAAGUUCUUCAAUCGAAGGAUGGGUGGUGGACAGUGGAAGAACCAGGCAUAGAGUUGAAGAUCGGAGACGUUAUCAAUUACUACGUGGUGGUCACUGCAGACAGAGCUGGUUAUGUUAAGGAUAAACUUAGCUAUACUGUUACAGCUCUCGAAGACCGGACUUUCACACCCAAUAUCACACCAUCACCUGCAACACCUCGGCCGACACCACGGCCAACACCAUCCCCUCCAGAAUGCAGACCAACAGUGACCUUGGUCCAAGGUGGCACCGCGUGCGCAGGCCAGACGAUAUUCGAGGAAAACUUUGACAGAUUCCGAGAUGAUAUUUGGCAAAUUGAACAGUAUUUACCGUCGUCACCGAACUUCCCAUUCGUGUCCUACCAGCGUCUAACUUCUGACCCGACCGUGUCUGUAUCAAACGGUGAGCUGCGCAUAGUUCUCAACCUGCAGCAGCGGGAGCCAGGGUUUACAGCAGACUCCAUCUUCACUGGGUCUCUCAACCUGUACAGUGGAUGCACAUCAUCAGCUGAGGCAUGCAUGAAGCAAGCAUCUGGCGCAGACAUUCUGCCUCCCAUCAUCAGCGGCAGGAUCAUCUCCAAAGGUUUCGCCUUCACUUAUGGAACUGUCACCGUAAGGGCUAAACUGCCACAGGGAGACUGGAUAUAUCCAGAAAUUCUCCUGGAACCAUUCCGUAACAAAUACGGCAGCCUUCACUACAGCUCUGGAGUGCUACAAAUAGCAUCAGCCCGAGGCAACAAGGUGCUUAGCAGUGGGACUACUGAUUACUCUAAUAAGGUUCUAUUCGGUGGGCCCAUACUGGACCUGCAGUGUCACGACACACUACUAAACAGUAGAACACUGGCCAACGAACGCUGGGGAGACAGUUACCACGAAUACUCCCUCCGAUGGGCUCCAGAUCGGAUAACACUAUCGGUGGACGGAGUGGAGUGGGCCCGAGUGGAGCCUACAGCGAGUGGGCUGCGCGGUCGCUUCCCCGAACAAUGCACACAACUCCCUCGGAACUUGCUGCAGUUCGGAUCUAAAAUGGCGCCCUUCGAUGAUCAUUUCUACAUCGCGUUAGGAGUUGGCGCAGGAAGCAUUACAGAGUUUCCUGAUGGAGUGAAGACGGUCAACGACCGUCCCAAGCCGUGGAGUAACCCUGGAAGGAAGGCCCUCCUCAACUUCUGGCAGGACAUGGACUCCUGGCUUUCAACUUGGAACCAGCCCCAACUCCUCGUGGACUAUGUAAAAGUGGUCGCCCUGUGA